AGGGAUUGGCAGAGAGGGAUGGAGGACACUGAAUGGAAGCCAGUGGAGGGAUUGGCAGAGAGGGGUGGAGGACACUGAGUGGAGGCCAGUGGAGGGAUUGGCAGAGAGGGGUGGAGGACACUGAGUGGAGGCCAGUGGAGGGAUUGGCAGAGAGGGGUGGAGUACACUGAGUGGAGGCCAGUGGAGGGAUUGGCAGAGAGGGGUGGCAGAUACAGAAUGGUUACCAAUGAAGGGAUUGGCAGAGGGGGGAGGCAGAUGUGGAGUGGUUGGUGAGGUGGAUGAGUCUAGGUGCGGAGUUCAGGAUAGACUGGAGAGGGGAUAGCAUGAUGAGGGAGUGUACGAGUUGUUUGGUGGUGUCUGGGGUGAGGAAUGUGCGUAUCUUGGAGAUGUUGCGGAGGUGGAGACUGCAAGAUCUAGAUAGCAGUUGGAUGUGGGGUAGGAAGGAGAGGUGGGAGUCCAGGGUGACACCCAGGACUUUGGCGUGUGGGGUGGGAGAGAUGGUGGCG